CGUGCCGAGGGCAGGGGUGCUGGGCGGCUGCUGGUCUUCUGCGCGCCGACCCCUCCGCGCCCGCGGUUGUCUAGAGGCUCGGCUGACCCGAGAGGCCUGCAGCGGCGUGGAGCACUGGGGUCGCCCGCUGCUGGCCUGGGCCCUGACUCUGGGUACGACAGGGAAGUCCCUCAGGGCUUAAACCCAACUUGAAUGGGUUUUCUUUGCCUCUGCAGCACAGCGAGGUAAUGCGAAGGUGGGGUGGGAGGAACCUGGCUAAAAAUAGAGGAUUGUGAAAACUCGACUAGUGCGUGUUAUUGGUUAAAAAAAAAAAUGUAUUAGGAAUAAAAUGGGACUGCAAUUGCCAAGCAGCUGGCAGUGUCUCCUACCGUGGGGUCUACAGCCAUUAAAAGUACUGCGGAAGCCUCUCAUCCGAAGUUAAACUUCGUAGUUCUUAUCCCAAGUAAGGCCUUUCACCAAGUUCAGGACAUUCUUCAAAAGUGUUAUUUCGCCUAGAAGACUUGUUGAUCCAACAAUGCUUAAACCAUUCGACUAAUACAGUUUGGACGAGAGGUUAGUAAAGAAGUAAAUGGCAUCUUUAACUUCUGGAUUCAAAAAAUAAUCAGAAACUUGAAAAAGGAGGAACUACAUUUUCUUCACCCUAUGAAGAAGUGUGCCUCGUGUUUGAGGUUUGUGGUUCCGUAUUAGGCCUUCUAUCAGUUAUGGGGCAGCAGCAAGAGUGUGAAAACACCAAUGUGACCUCCUGGUUUUAGGGGAACCACCACCUACUUAUUACUGUGAGUGCUGCCUCAUCCAUCUUGAUGAUGAUUCUGCAUAGGCAGGGAGAAACCUACCUAAGUUUUCUUAGUGGAGGAUCUGGCCAAACAUGCUAAUUAAAUGAGCUGCAAUCUCAGGGUGAAAUUUUUCUUUUAGUUUUCAUUUUAGAGAAAACUGAAGCUUACAGAGAAUGAAACUGCCCAAGAUCAUAUAGGAAGAGAAAUACACAAACCCAAGUACAUCUGUUACCACAGUCAGAAUCUUGGACUUGUUGGAAUCCUGAGUAUACCUCUCCUCUGCCUGUUGUGCUCUGGUUGGCUCCUCUGUCAUUUACAUUGCUAAUUUAACCUUAGGGAAAUAUUAGAUGCUGUUCUGGUGUUUUCUCCUUCUAUUUGCUUCCCAAUUAACUUCUAUAGAACUUCUUCAGAAAUUUGGGAUAUCAAUCCAGUUAACCAGGUCAAUCUGUAUGAAACAAUGUAAUUGAAGUUUCAAACAAGUAAUUGCAACCACAAUAAACAGUAGACCACAUGCACCCUUUCAUUCCCAUUUAAUGGUUAAUUCUCAUUGGUGUCACCAUAUAACUUCUAAAAAAAAAAAAAAAUACAUCCGAAUUCAACCUUUUGACUGUCCACCCCAUUUGUUCCCCACUAACAGUCAAUCCAUUUGCAAGUACUAUUGGAGCUACCUGUAAAGUACAUUACAGACUGACUACUUCUCACCACUUGCACUAUUGUCAUCCUAGUCCCAGUGAAUAUUGGACAAAUGAUGAUACCAUUAACUAAGGUGAAAAAGUUCAAGGAGAAAGCAGCUCUGGAGGGUAAAUCAAGGUUUUUCUUGAGUUUAAUAUCAUUUUAGAUAUCCAAGUAGAACAGUUGAGUAGUUAAUUUUAUUUAUGAGUAGAGCAUUUAAGAUCAGAGAUAAAGUCCAAGAAUAUAAGAGGUCAUCCAGGAGUGGGGAAGAAUGAGAAUUAAGUCCUGGUUACUCCUGUGUUCAGAGAUAUAAAGAGAAGGAACCCCAAAAGGAAGUAGACAAAGGGGAUAAGUGAGACCAGAAGUAAACUAAGAGUGUGGUAUCCUGAAAACCAAGUAAAUAACAGUGUUUCAGGAAGGAUGGAGGCCUUCAUGGCUCUGUGCUGUUGGGAGGGUACCAGAGAUGAGCAUUGAGAAUUGGUUUGGUAAGAUGGAGAUUUGUCGGCAAAGUUCCCAAGAACUAUUUUGAAGGGAUGCUGAGGAUAAAGCCUGAUUGGGGUGGACAAUGGUGAAAGAGAAAAGGAGGAAAGAGGAGUAGGAGUGAUUAUUUGAUGAUUUACUAUAAAAUUAGAAAUAAGGAUCUAUAAUUGAUGGUGGCCUUGGAAGGUGUUGUGUGUUUAUUCCAAGAUUAAAGAUAUACAGUAUGUUUGUUUGCCGAGAAGACUGAUCCAGAGAAGAGGGAAAUUUUGAUGAUCCAGGGUGGUGAUUCCUCUGAAGCAACUGCCAAACCAAAGAGAAGUUUUUAUGCUGCAAGGGAUUUGUACAAAUAUCGACAUCAGUACCCACAGAACUUCAAAGAUAUCCGAUAUCAAAAUGACUUGAGCAAUCUUCGUUUCUAUAAGAAUAAAAUUCCAUUUAAGCCAGAUGGUGUUUACAUUGAAGAAGUUUUAAAUAAAUGGAAAGGAGAUUAUGAAAAGCUGGAGCACAACCACACUUACAUUCAAUGGCUUUUUCCCCUGAGAGAACAAGGCUUGAACUUUUAUGCUAAAGAACUAACUACAUAUGAAAUUGAGGAAUUCAAAAAAACAAAAGAAGCAAUUAGAAGAUUCCUCCUGGCUUAUAAAAUGAUGCUAGAAUUUUUUGGAAUAAAACUGAUUGAUAAAAAUGGAAAUGUUGCUCGGGCUGUUAACUGGCAGGAAAGAUUUCAGCAUCUGAAUGAGUCCCAGCACAACUAUUUAAGAAUCACCCGUAUUCUCAAAAGCCUUGGUGAGCUUGGAUAUGAAAGUUUUAAAUCUCCUCUUGUAAAAUUUAUUCUUCAUGAAGCUCUUGUGGAAAACACUAUUCCCAAUAUUAAGCAGAGUGCUCUGGAGUAUUUUGUUUAUACAAUUAGAGAUCGAAGAGAAAGGAGAAAGCUCCUGCGGUUUGCCCAGAAACAUUACACACCUUCAGAGAAUUUUAUCUGGGGACCACCUAAAAAAGAACAAUCAGAGGGAAGCAAAGCUCAGAAAAUGCCGGCCCCUCCUGCCUCUAGUCAUAACAGUCAAACACAGUCUAUGCACAAAAAAUCCAAGGACUCCAAAACUUCCUCUUCAGCUGUUCAUUUAAAUAGCAAAACAGCUGAAGAAAAAAAAGUGGCACCAAAAGAGUCUGGGGAAGAGACAGACAGGCCCAGCCCAGAGCCCAGCAACGAAGCUGCCAAACCAGAAAACACAGAGGACAGUGAUCCUGGAAAUUCAAAUGCUCAACCUGAGAAAACAGUUACUGCUCCAACAGAAAGAAAGGAGAGUUCAUCUCCUUCUGAAAAAGAAGAAGAGGGCGAAAAUCAUAACAAAGACUGUGAAAAUCCUGGAAAUACCAGUUGCCAUGAUGAGAUUCUGAUAAGUGAAAUGGAGGUCCUGGGGGAGCUCUGACCUCCCCAGCUAAUCUGUCAGUCCUGCUGCUGUCUUCUUUCUCCCUCUCUCCUCGCUCGCCGUUGAGCCGCCAUCUUUGUCAGCUAUCAAGUGUAUUUAUAGUAUACAUUAGGAUAAUCAUCUUCUUGACAUCUAAAUGGAACAGAGGGCAACUUUUAAUUGUAUGAUUUCAGAGUUUUCUUUAAAAUAAUAAUAAAAAUAUUUUCUGUAUUAAGUGCUUAAAAACAAAUUUUGGUGCAAAAGUCCAAAAAAGAACUUUACUUAAAUGGAUGUUCCACAUAAAUUUGGUGGUUGAUUCUGGAUGCAGAUGACUGAAGAAUUAAAAAAGGAAAAAAGGAAAUUAUUCAUUUUUAAAAGGCAUGCCUCUUGCACUAUCAAUAGGCAUAUCUCUUAACUCAUUAAUAUAUCUCAGUGAUAUGUGGGUUAUUAAAUUACUAUGUUGUUUAUUCUACAGUGUAUCUUUUAAUAUAUACAUAUAUAGUUUUGCAUCUUUAAUUUAUCAAACUUUCAAAUCGAGAACAGUUUGAAAUUUCAUAUACUCAGUUCUAGUAAGAACUUAAUUUAUUACUAAUAAUUACUGAAAACAAUUUUAUUUCCAAUAAUAUUAUACUAAUUACUAUUAAAAUCAGAAAAUAAUCAGAAACACUGUGAUGAAAACUUCAAAACAUAUACACAAAUAUGGAAAAAGCAAUGAAUAUAUAAACAUUUUCAUAUUAUAUCACUUAGAAAUAAAUUGACUUUUUAAAAAAAAUCUCUUUCACUUUUAAGAAAAGUUCUAUUUACUUUAAUCCCCUGGAGGAUUUUUUUAUAUGGCCUAUUUCAUAUCCCAUCAUAUCGUCUUCUGUUAUAUUUAUUAAUCCACACUUUAAGCAGUGGAUUUCUAGAAAAUAAUCACACUGAUAGUAUGUCUUUAGAAAUAUGAUUUUAUUGCUUUGAAAUUUAUGCAAAAACACCCCACUUGCUUAAUCUUGAUUUUUUUCAUGAAAGUCUUAGUAGCACUCAUGUUUUAUUUCAUGUUUCAAUAUGUAGAAUAUAGAAUACCUUAUCAUUUUUAGUUCCUAUAACAUGUCAAAUUGAAGUACUAAGAAUUUGAGGUAACAGUUUAAGUUUGUUUUUUCCAUUUUUUUUUUUUACACGCAGGAAAUACAUGGAUCCUCUGACACGGUGCUUGUCAUAGCAAUGUCCCUGUAGAUCUUAAUAAACAGUUCCACAGAGUUUAGUGGAUAAGAGUGAAUUGUCAAAUUAGGCUUAAUUAUAGGAAUAAUAUUAAUUUAAUUCAAAAUAUCUUACUAGUUGUGUAUAGACAGUGUAUAGACACUUUCAGACUGCUUUUUAAAUGCUUAGUAUUAAACAUGUGACCAGAUUAGUAUCUGGUAUCUAUUAAUACUUUUAAUAUUUUAAUUUAACUUCUAAUAUUUUUAACAGUUACAGAUACUAAUCUGGUCACAUAUGUUUAAUAUUAAAUGUUAGUAACUGUUAAUAGAUAAGUAACUGUUAAUAUUUUAACAGUUACCAUUACCAGAUACUAAAAUAAAUUAAUAUAAUCUGAACUACUUAGAAAUUACAGUAUAUUAAAGCCCUCAGAAGAAAAACAUUUCAUUUAACAGUUUAGUUUUAAAAAUAUUAUUCUUUAUGAGGGAUUUUGUUACAUUGUGCUACUUUAUUUGAGAAUACUUAGUUUCAAGGGGAGAACUUCCUGGCUUCCAUCCAAAAUAGUGGCCUUUUUCCAUCAUGUGUUUUUUAAAUGUAUAUUCAUAUGUGACUAUAGUUUCCUACAUUUAAUCUGUAAAUAACUAAUGAGAGAAUUAUUAAGUGGAGAAUAAGUAGGGAUGACAUUCUUUUUGCAGAUAAAAAUUAAAUGUCUAGAACUUUUUAUAUUAAGAAUACUUUGUAUAUUUAAUGGUUUUUUAAAAUAAGAUCUAUAGAUAUGUGUUUAUGUGUGUUAUGAAACUGCCCCCUGGGGUUUAACUUCUGUUUUGUAUUUUUAAAAACUACCAUGUGCUUGCAGAAAUUUACAGAGAAGCUGUUAUAGAAAAUUCAGUGAAGCAUGGCCAAAUAACUAGAAACAUUAUUGUGUAUUUGCAAAUAUAGUCUUUAUUGUUGUACUACAGGCUGCAAGGAUAGUUAAUAUUGGCUAUUAAUAAAAUAGUAACUUGAAUUUCAUGGCAAAUAGAUGUUAUAUUGCUUGUUUAGUCUAGUAUAUUUCUAAUAUUUUGUGCUUUCAUAUAUCAAAGGAGAUAAAAUAUGUGAAAUUAUUUUGAAAUACUGUAAAGUGAUAUAUAAGAUAUAUUUCUGUACAGUAGAGAAGUUUCUAACAUUAAGAUUAUUGCACCAUUAUACAUUAUCAUGCUCAAUCUCAUAAAAAAUUCAAAAGAAUCAUAAAAGAAAUGAAGAUAUAUCUGCUUUCUCUAAAUCAAGUCAGUUGUCACUUUAAAAAUUAUAUUGUAUAGUUUUGUUUUAGAUUUUGAGAGUACUUUUUUUCCCAGCUUCAAAGAGAAAAUAAAAUUUACAACUCAGGAGUUCUUAGGGAAGUUCUGGUAUUUUUUGCUAAGUAUUAAAAAUAUAAAAAUGGUAUAAAACCUGUUAUAGUCAUUAUGUUUCAUAUUUUGUCAUAUAAAAUUACCUAUUCUGCUUCUAGCUUUUAUAUUUAAUUUGAGUGAAAGUAUGAUGAAAAAGGAAAAACAGUAUAAUAUACCUCUGAGUUAGUCUUUAAAACAUCAUUUUGGUAAAAUAAACCAUAUCAAAUUGUCAAAAUCUGGUCAGAUUGAUGAAUAAGAGAAUAUUUGAUUAAUUGUUUUAAUGCUAAAUGUCCCAAGUCAGUAGAGUUAUGGCUGAGUUUAUAAUCCACUGAGUAACUAAGUCAAACAUUUAUUUUUUAAGAAACUGUAUUAGAGGCUCUUCUAAAAUCUCUGUUAUGUAAACCAGGAACAGAAAGAUGUUGCUUAAUUUAAUUUAAUGACAUCUACAAGUCUUUAAUGUCCUUUGAGGUAAGUAGAUCCCUUGUUUCAGGAAUAUUUUCAGGAUUUCUAUUUUGUUUUCCAUUAGAAAAUUCCACUUUCUCUUUGGGGCAUGUGCGUUCAAUAUAAGGCAGGAAUUAGACAUGUUAGGGUCAUUUAAAUGCAGGUGCAGUUGUAGCGAAAGAUGAUCUGAGGAAACAUUGGACUUAGGAAUUGUGUCUGUCCCCUGACUUCUUUCAGUAUUGAGUUCUGUGUGGCUCAUUACAGGAACAGAUUUGUGUGGGCAAUCUCUAGGGUGACAGUGAGUCCUGCCCUGCCUUCUGCCUUGUUCUAGUUAUCCAACCCACCCAGCAGAUUGUGUUCAGGGACAGACUGUAGAAAUCUCUUACUACUGAAAUUAAUAAUCAUAUAGUUAUGAAUGCCUGGAGGUGUCCAGAUGUGCCUUAAUGAAUGUAAAUGGUUUUCAUUCCGAUGUUUACACUUUUACUCCAUUGUAAAAUCUUGUCAUAAGGAACUAUUCAAACCAUGUAUAUCACAUCAGUUAUUUUAAUGAAAUUUACUUUGGUGCUUUAUCAUUUUGGAGAAAUUGUCAUUUGGAAUAAGAGCAUAAGUUCAUUAAAAAAGUGUACUCACCACAGUAUGUGUGAUAUUUGACAAGAGUUUCGAGGAAGAAAGAUUAACCUGUAUUGUUUCAUGUGUUCAUGCUUUUUCUUUGCUACAUGCUGUAAUUUUCACUUUAACCAUUCCUUAGUUACUACACAAGUAAUAUUUACCUGUGUUUUACUUCUUUCUUGUUCUUAGAUUCAGAUGGAUGCAGAAAAUGGUGUUAUAUAAGAGAAGUCAUUAAAACUUCUCAGAUGUUUGUAGGAAUAUAAAAUUUGAAAAACUUAUGCUAGAAUCUCAUACAUUUUUUAAAGCCCUGUUCUUUUUUUUUUUCUUCCUAGAUUAGAGAAAGUGUUCUGUGUCAUCAACUUUUUCUAUUUUGUUGUGAAGUUUUUUGUUUUAGUUAUUUGUGGGAAAUAACUUCUUAAUAUGUUGUUUUCCUGGAUCAAAGUCUUCAUGUUGGAGACUCUUAUUAAUUUUUUUGUAUUAUGGCCCAAACCUUGGCUAGAGGUGAAGGUCAGAGAGGGAGAGGUGAUUAAGACCCCAGUGGAUACUUUGGGGAAUGGAGCCUGCACUGGGUUUUACCCUCUUCAUUGACCUGCUGGGUCCUCAGGGCAUCUUCUGGAUCAUGAGCAUGUUGAGCCCUAUGAUUUCUGACCUCUGGGGAGGAUAGGCUACUUUGCACUCCACACACAAUUUUAAUGGGUAUCAGUUUUGACAAAAUAUCUGCUGUAAUUUAUUUGCCACCACUUUGUAGUUGUUUACAAAAUUGUGAGUAAUUAGGAUCUGCUAUAUAAAUUGUGACUCUUUAUAAUUAUCUUAGGAAGCAUUAAAAUUCCAACCCUCCAUGCACGCCCCCCCCAUCCUUUAAUAAAAAUUUGGUUUGCUCUUUCAGAGUAACAUACAAAAACUUUUAAUAAAAUGAUUAAAAGAAAAGGUAUUCAUGCUCACAUGUUAUGCUAAAAGGUUUUUUUUUGUAAAUCAGUACACCUUAAGAAAAAUAUUUAAAUUAUGAUGUUUAUCAUAUUUUCAUUUUUUAAUUUUUAAAGGAGUUUGUGUAGCAGUUUCUAUUCAUUAAGGAGAUAGUUACAUAUAAGUUUAGGUCCAAGAAAUGUUCAACUUUUGCACUCAUUGGUCAAUUGUUUUGUUUUCUCCUGUGCUAACAGAUUUAGUUUCAUGUGUAAAAAAAAAAAAAGAAAGAAACUAAUGAAACAAAAAAUUAGAAACAGUAAUAAGAAACCACAGAAAUAAAGACCACAAAUUAUAAAUUUGUACAAGUGUCAGUAUUAUUGGAAUUAAGUGAGGAAUGGUCUAAAGAGGCUCAGUGAUGGGAUUCGCUCUGAGAAUCAUCUCUGAACUAUUUGUGCCAAGGAGAUCAGGGAGUGAUGUGAAAAUAGAUCCUGUCAGUAUACUCACUUAAACCACAAAUUUUGCCUACUCCAUGUUGGAAUCUUCCCUUAGACUGAUGAAAGUAAGCAAUGAUCAGAUACCAAGUUUAAUUCCUUUGUCUAUGUGUACCAACAGUCAGUGGUUUUACCAACUAGAAGUUCAAUUGAGGGACAGGCUGCAGAGCAGGAGAAGGACUCCGUGAUAGGUGGGUUGUUAAAGUACUGUUUCCCACAUGGUCAAGAGCUGCCAGCACAGUGAUCGUGGGGCAUUACCAUUCAGAGAAGCAAGUGAGAGCAAAACCUUAGGUCCUCUGAUAACUUCCCACCCCCGCUUUUUCUUAAAAAGGCCUUUUACCUGUUUCCCAAGUAGGAUAUUGUCUUAUCUUUUGUAUUAUCUAAGACUGAUCAGUCUGGCUAAGUGUAGUCACUAUUUAAAGUUGGAAACUAUCGUGUCCUUUGUAUUUUGAAUAUUUAGGAAAACGGAUAUGAUUCUUACAAAGAAGUGUUUUACUUGUCACAUAAGCUCUGAUUAUCCAGUGGCCACUGGGCCUUCUCUGUGCUCUGUAUUCAACUGCAGUGUGAACUACAGAAUGCUAUGCAUGUUUGUUAGUACCAAUACCAUGUGUAUGUGGUAGAAGUUGUAACCAGUUUCUGGAACUGUAUGGUACUAUAAAAUACUUAUUUUAUAAUUCUGUAACUGUAUGGCAGUGUUAUGCCAAAAAUGUAUAAAGAACAAUAGUUUCUGUUGCUUACUGCUGUAUUUUAAAAUAUUGUUUCUAAAAUAAUAUAUUUAGAAUUCCUUUAGAGUAAUUAUUUUUAAUAACUAUUGCCAAAUAUACAUUCUGUAAAGCUAAUAAAAGCCAAUUCAUCUUAGGUAACAUUUUAGCAUUGUUCUAGAGUCCAUUAUGUUGAUUUUGCAUGAUUAAAAUAUUUUUAGAGCUGGAAAAAAAAUGACUUGCUCUUUUCCUGUGAUUAAACAUAUUUUUAUGAUUAA